AUGCAAUCCUCCGAAGAAUUUUGGGAGCAAAGCUUCGAAGAAAUCAUCGCCACCAUUCCCGGCCCGUUUUUCGACGAUCCUUUUCAGCCACCCGACCUCUCCCCCAGCCCAGCCCGAAACAUCGGUCCGGGCCUGAAAGGCUCGCCCACGGGCCCGAGAAGCCGCGUGGGGAAGCCCGCGGCCAGGAAGGCGCGUCCCAGGAAGGCCCCGGCCACGCUCCUGGCUGCGGACCCGGGCAACUUUCGGGCCCUUGUGCAGCAGUUCACGGGCCGCCACAGCGAGGGCCCGCUGCUCCGGGCCUACAAGGGCCCGAUCAACUUGAACUUCAAGCAGCGGAGCUUCUAUCCCGUGAAUCGGAAUCCUGAGGAGGAAUCUGAUCGGAGAUUUUUCCCUUUUGGCGGGAAAAUCGAUGAUUCUGCUGCUAAUGGUCGAGAUCGGGUGGGAUUUGAUGAAGAUUUUGGGGAGCAAUUGAUUGUUUCGGGAAUUGGAAAUGAUCUUGCGUUGACUAGUGAGGGGGGCUUCGAUGUGUCCGAGGAUGGAUUUUGGGGGCGGGAGAUGGCGGCGGGAGGUGGAGGGUGCGAUGCGGUGCUGGCUGGAGCAGUGGACCGUGAGCUUUGGGGGUAUUAA